GCUGCGGCCUUCAAUUAUAGCACAGAAUGAAUGCGCAGCUAAUGCCAACAUAAGAAACAAGAAUGAUGACAUUACACUGCAACAAGCUGCGCUUAAGGGAAAUAUGGAUCUUAACACCGCACUUCAUUCGGCAAUUUGGAAUGGCCACUUUGACUCGGUUAAAGUGCUAAUCGACUGUGGCGCUGAUGUCCACGCUACGAAUGGUAAUGAAUCAGCGGUCCUCCAUAUUGCCGCUUUGCGAGGUUAUCCAAAUAUAGUAAAAUAUUUGCUGUCAAAGAAUGUGAACGUGAACGCGUUGAACAAAGACGAAGACACUCCUCUUCAAAACGCAGCAGCGAAGGGACAUUUAUUGACAAUUACCGAGCUCCUUGAAGGCGGUGCUUUGGUCAACACGACGGACAGAAAUGGCGAUAGCCCUUUGCACCAAGCCGCCCGAAGAGGUUUCGCGGAAGUUAUCAAAGUGCUCUGUUUGCACGGUGCAGAUGUGAGCGCUAGAAAUAGAAAUCUUAACACUGCUCUCCAUUCGGCUACAUGGAAUGGUCAUUUCAAAGCUGUAAUAGCACUAAUACAAUGCGGUGCGAAUCUUUCUGUCGCGAAUCUGAAUGAAGACACUCCCCUUCAUAUGGCAGCAACGCGAAGUUACUCCAAUUUAAUAAAUGUUUUCCUAGCGAAGAAUGUCAGUGUCAACCCAUUGAACAAAGAUGAAAACACUCCGUUGCAAAACGCUGCGUGGGAAGGAAGUUUAAGGACUGUUACAACAUUGCUGGAAGGAGGUGCUUUGAUCAACACCAGGAACAGAAAGGGUGACAGCCCUUUGCACCAAGCUAGUCGGAGAGGUUUCACGGAGGUAAUCAAGGUACUCUGCACCCGAGGCGCAAAUCUGGAUGCAAGAAACAAAGACCUCAAUACUCCUCUCCAUUCAGCCACCUGGAACGGCCACUUGAACACAGUACGCGCAUUACUUGAAUGCGGGGCAAGAGUUGACCCAAGUAAUAUAAAUGGCGACACCCCUUUGCACAACGCUGCUUCGAAAGGUUAUCCAGAGAUUAUUCGGCUAUUAAUCAAAGACGGAGCGAACGUAAAUGCUCUGAAUAAGAACAAAAAUACUCCCCUGCAAGUAGCGGCGCAGAAUCGCGAAGCGGUGGCUGCGCUAAUGGGAACAGUGCCACAGCAAAAAUCCUCCCACUGCGCGUCUGUUGCAGAUGCGAAGAACGCGUCCGUGGUAUCAGAGGAUCGCCACCAUUCAUUCAUGGACUUGCUCAAGGGAGUCUUAAACUUUUGCCAAAAGAUUACUACCAACAACCAUUUCAAAUUGCCAGAUAAAACUGUCACGGAAAUUUUUAAUUCCGUGGGAUGUGAUGAAAUAAAUCGCCUUAUUGGUAGUGACGAAGCGGCGAGUUUAGAAUCGGUUAGUGUCUACUGAUGGAGUUUGAGUUGGAAAAUUUUGCACUAGUAUUUAUAUGUUCCUGCAGCCCUUUUUCAUCUUCAUUCAUUACUUCGUGAUAUUCAAUUAAUAAAGGAAUGGUACCAAAA